GAUCCAUCUGCCGACCCUGUCCGUUCGCUGAGCAGCCCAAGCCCUCGCUCGUCGCACUCCUCGUUUAUAAACUGUAUCAACCAUGAGCUUAUUGUCGCGAGUGAUGCAGUCCAUGGAGCGGAUCGCUCCCCUGUCUCUGGCUGAACUCUCCUGGGAUAAUGUCGGCCUCCUCCUCGAGGCCCCUCUUUCCCGUGCUGCUGCACACCAGGUCUUCCUCACGAUCGACCUGACGGACAAUGUUCUGGACGAAGCUCUAUCCAACCCCUCGGUGGGCGUGAUCGUUGCCUAUCACCCUCCGCUGUUCCGCUCGUUCAAGCGCUUGCAGAUGGCGGACCGCAACCAGCGCAUUGCGCUGAAAUGCGCCGCAGCCGGCGUCUCGAUCUACAGCCCCCAUACGUCCCUCGAUAGCUUUGAAGGCGGCAUCAACGACUGGCUUGCGUCGGGACUCAGGGUGGCCUCCAAGGCCCCGAUCACCCUCAAGGAGAACCCUCCUGCUGGCUAUGAAGGAAGCGGCAGUGGCCGAAUCUGUCAGCUCCAGCGGCCCAUCCCGCUGUGUGAACUCGUCAAUCAGAUCAAGCUCCAUCUUGGCCUCAGCCAUCUUCGGGUGGCUUCUACGGACCCAUCGAUGGCGCAACUCGUCCGCACCGUUGGGAUUUGCGCUGGCUCUGGCUCCUCUGUGCUUGGAGGUACAAAGGCCGAUGUGUAUUGGACGGGCGAGAUGUCCCAUCAUGAGGUGCUCGACGCUGUGGCCAGCAACACCAGUGUCAUUCUCUGCGAGCAUACCAACACCGAACGAGGUUUUUUAUCGGCUGUGCUCAAGCCCAGACUGGAAGAGCUCCUGAACAACGAUGGCGGCCCUGCUGCGACGGUGUUGUGCAGCACGGCCGAUACAGACCCGCUCAGAAUUGUGUAGAGCGCUGAUGACAUCAAUCGCCGCUGUUUGCAUCGAUGGACUGCCACUGUAGCAUCCACAGAUUGAAAUAGAUGGCCCUGCGCCGGAGGACGGUGUUCACUUGCGUCCACCUCUAA